UGGUUUUUCCUUUCAAAAGAGUCCGUUGAAAAAAGGACAUGAGCAUGAACAGUGCCAGGAAAUCCAGGAAGGGCUUCUCAGGGCUGCAUGUACAGUUCCUGCCACCAGGCGGCGGCAGAGCCCAGCAGUUACAAAUGCCCCACGCGGAGGCUAGCUGCCUGCGUUUGAACCCUGACUCGUCUACCUAGAUGAGUGACUUCAGGCAAGUCACUUGUCUCCAUGUGCCUCGGUUUCCCCCUCCACAAAAUGGGCAGAACCAUAACACCUACCUCACGAAGUUGUUUUGAGGAUCAAAUGAGAUUAUACAUAAAGCGCUUAGCAGUGGUGCUCAUAAGCACACACCCAAUAAAUGUUAGGUUUUCUUUUAUUAUCACAAUCAUUCUGUUAGAAUACCAAAGGAUUAUCCACAGUGAUCCAUUGUUCUAGAGAAUUUUUAUUGAAAACAGAUGAAAAGGUCACCAGCUGGGGUCCUAGAUACCUUUUGGUUAUUCAAAGAUCCUUCAUAAUUAACCUUUAUGAUAUUUUAUUCAUAAAAGAGUUACUGCUGAAAUGGAUUUUGAGGAGGGCAGUGACUUGCUUGUUAGCCCUGGGGCUUUAACAACCUCACCUUCGAUCAAAAGAUGGGGUUCUGGGUACCGGAGAGACGCCUUCCCACCACUCUGCCACGGCAUCCAGCAGCCACUGACAGACUUGUGGUGCUGCACUGGGAAAAAAAGAUCAGUUUUGUAGCACUUGGCACUUUGCCAAUAUUAAACAAAAGCUUUAUUAAAUUAUUACUGAACAAUUGUGUGUCCCUGAAGUAGCUUCAGAUUUAUUUAUAUGCUUUUUUUUUUAAGUCUUGAACACGGAGACAUUCAGUUCCUCAUACAUUCCAAGAAGAGCAUUUUGUGAAAUUUUCAGAUGGAAAAUGAAAUCUUAGUGGCCAUGACCUUCCAUAAUUUUGCUGGGAUCCACCCUUGUUUUUCCAGCUGUACCUGAGGUGAAGUUCCUGUGCGGGGCAGACAUCCUGAAGAGCUUCCAGACUCCCAACCUCUGGAAAGACUCAGACAUUGAGGAAAUAGUGAAGAAGUUUGGCAUGGUGUGCGUGAGCCGGACAGGUUAUGACCCCGAGGGGUACAUCUCGAGCUCGCCCAUCCUGCAGAGGUACCAGCGCAACAUUCACCUGGCCAGAGAGCCCGUGCAGAACGACAUCAGUGCCACGUACAUCAGACAGGCCUUGCGCCAAGGGCAGAGUGUGAAGUAUCUGCUCCCAGACGCCGUCAUCGCCUACAUCAGGGACCACAACCUCUACAUGAGGGACCCUUCCUUGACAGGCAAUCGCAGCAUGCCGAGGAAUGAAGGGAAAACGAGCUGGGGAGGGCCAUCCACGUCUCCUCUGAGCCCCUCCUGAGAAGAGGGUAGUUAAGGGCUUUCUUUUUACUUUUUGCUUUUCCAGUUUUCAUUUGUUUUAUUUCUACAGUGAUUUUACUUCUUAGGAGAGUUCUGUCCCUGGAAGAAAUACCUUCUUUUGCAAGGAGCAGGUGUCUCCAUCACAAGGAUGUGCAUUUAUAAAAGAAGUUAAAAUGGGGUGGCAGGUCAGUAGGAUUUGGCACCAUCUCCCAGAACCUCUGGAUGAAGAGGCCUUCUUUUUUG